AUGGUGCGAAGCUUGUCGCAGUGGACGAAGACGCUUAGCUUUCCUUCGAGGCUAUCUCCCAAUCGCACCUCUAAGGAAAGCGUUGUCAAUGUACAGCCAAGCUCUCCCGGGGUAUCGCCUACGCCUAGUGCUUCAUCCCUCCCGCAAGGAUCGGAAAAAACAAUUUCGCCGAUUCCUAUCACAGAAAUCAGUCAAAUCGUAAGUUCCUCUAACCUUUAG